UAUAAAUAGGAAUGUGUAUGUUUGUGUUUAUUGAGAGAUAAUAAUCAUGGAGCAAAGAACAACGAGACCUCAAUUUGUGCUGUUUGGUUCUUCCAUGGUUCAACACAGUUAUUAUGAAGGUUGGGGAGCUACUCUUUGUCACUUGUACGCUCGUAAGGCAGAUAUAGUUUUGCGGGGAUACAGUGCUUGGAAUUCAACGCGUGCUCUGCAAAUUGUUGAUAAAAUUCUUCCUAAGAAUACAAUUAGUAUGCAAUCACAACCAACAUUGGUGAUUGUGUACUUUGGUGGUAAUGAUUCUACUCGUCUACGCCAAAGUGGCAAAGGUCCUCAUGUACCAUUAGAGGAAUACAAAGAAAAUAUGAGAAAGAUUGCUAUUCAUAUAAAGAGUCUGUCCGAGAAUAUUCGCAUUCUAUUUCUCAGUACUCCUCCCGUCAAUGAAGAACAAAUCGAACACAACAGUGAUGAAUUUGGACAACCAUUAAGGACAAACGAAGCAUGUCGAAUAUAUUCGGAAGCGUGUUUGGAGAUGUGUCGCGAGGAGAAUAUCAAAGCCAUUGAUAUGUGGUCCUUAAUCCAGACAAGAGAUGAUUGGAAAGAUGUUUGUUUCAUUGAUGGAGUUCAUCUAUCAAUUGAGGGUAGCAAAAUGGUGUCGGAUGAGAUAUUGAAGGUUCUCAAAGAAGCUGAGUGGCAACCAAGUUUAUAUUGGAGGAAAAUGCCUGUUGAAUUUGGAGAAGAUUCACCAUAUGAUCCUGUUCUUCCUGAUGGAGUGACAACUAUUAAUGUCUCAAACAUACCUUUUCCUUUACAUGUAGAGUGGGACAAGGCUGAUGUCUCAAAUGAAUAAAAUUCUUACAAAAAUCACAUAAUAAUUAUGCUUCAAUAAAGUUCAUCUUUGCGAGUUGGAUGAAAAGGUUAAAUUUAUAUUUUAAUAUAUUUAAUAUUUUAAAAAUAUAAAAAGAACAAUAUGAUACAUGAACCUAUAUCAGUCAUGUUGUUUUUUAAAUUUGUUUUAUAUUAUCAAAUAUUAUAUUAAAAUAUAAAUUUUACUCUCUAAAAUUCUUCAAAAACUAAUUCACAAACACACCUUUAAAAAUAUGGUAUUUUUUCAUCUUAUAUGUUGAAUAAUAAAAGAGAGAACUUUCACUUUGUAUUGUAAUUGAGCUGAAAUAUGGUAUCUUUUCAUUUUAUAUGUUGAAUAAUAAAUGAGAGAACUUUCAGUCUCUAUUGUAAUUGAGCUGUUUUAUUCAAUGAUUAUAAAUGUUUGUGUUUAUUUUUA